AUAUGUAGUCAUAUAUGGUUAAAAAAUUCAUCCAACUUGACUUUUAUUUCAUAUGCGGUCAUGCAUGAUGUGCAUAGCUGCUCACUGGCACACCAAAUUCAAUAUUUAACUAGAAUCCUUUGACACUGUUUGUUUGUUUGUUUGCUUUUUUUUUUUUUUUUUGGUAAGUAAAAAAUCAUUUGACACGUCAUUUCAUUUGUGUUGGUUUUAAUAUGGGUAUACUAUCCCAGAAUACUUUUCGCCAAUAAAAUGAAGAGACCGUUGAAGAACUGUUUUAUAUCCAAAUCCAAACCCAACAUAUCAUUUGGCCCAACGCCGAAUACCCCUUCUUCUUUCUUGCAACUCUCUUUCAAGCAUUCUCUUCAAUUGGCCCGUUGUGCACUAGACGAGAUGUCAGAAACUGGCGCUUUUAUGAGAACUGCUUCAACAUUCCGUAACUUUAUUUCACAAGAUUCAAGUUCUCCGUUCCCAGCAGAAGCUGGAAGAUAUCAUCUGUAUAUAUCAUAUGCUUGCCCCUUUGCAUCCAGGUGUCUUGCAUACUUGAAGAUCAAAGGGCUUGACAAAGCUGUCAGUUUCACAUCAGUCAAACCCAUAUGGGGGAAAACGAAGGAAAGUGACGAGCACAUGGGAUGGGUCUUUCCUCUCCUGGAUACAGAGGAAGCAGGAGCUGAAACCGACCCUUUGAAUGGAGCAAGAAGUAUUAGAGAACUAUAUGAGUUAGCAAAUAUAAACUACACGGGAAAAUAUACGGUUCCUGUUCUUUGGGAUAAGAAACACAAAACGAUUGUGAAUAACGAGAGUGCGGAGAUAAUUCGCAUGCUUAAUACUGAAUUCAAUGAUAUAGCAGAGAAUGCGGGUUUAGACCUAUAUCCUCUUCACUUGCAAGCCAAAAUCAAUGAAAUUAACGAUUUGGUAUAUGACGACAUAAAUAAUGGUGUUUAUAAAUGUGGGUUUGCCAGGAAGCAAGGACCUUAUGAUGAGGCUGUGAAAAAACUAUAUCAUGCUUUGGACAAAUGUGAGGAGAUACUCAGCAAGCAGCGAUACAUGUGUGGAAACACGCUGACUGAAGCAGAUAUUCGGUUGUUUGUGACCCUUAUACGGUUUGAUGAGGUCUAUGCAGUUCACUUCAAGUGCAACAAAAAGCUGCUACGCGAGUACCCAAACCUGUUCAAUUACACGAAAGACAUAUUCCAAAUCCCUGGGAUGAGCAGCACAGUCAACAUGGAACACAUAAAGAAAUGCUAUUAUGGAAGCCAGCCUUCCAUCAAUCCUUUUGGGAUUAUCCCCUCUGGCCCUGAUAUCAAUUAUUCUUCUCCUCAUGACCGAGAGAGGUUUUCUUCUUAGAAUCCAUGCAUUCACACCACAAACACACACACAAACAUAUAUUUGGAUGUAAGAUAAAAAAAGCAUGUAAUGCUGUGUUUGUUUUGAGUUUGUGAUAUAUGAGAAGCAUGUAUAAUAACUAGUGUGAUGUUUUCUUUUUCCCAAUGGGAUAUUGUUAUGUUAUUUACUGAAAUUGUAUGAGAAAUAUAUGAACUACAAAUUCCACUA